UAUAUCUGUGUGUGUAUAAGUUGGAGGUCAUCACAAGAUUCCAACCCAUAUUUCACGCUCCCUCUCCCCAUCUUUUCUUCCUUGAAACCCUAGAUCUCGAUAAACAACUCCCCCUCUGCAAUCAACUUUAUCAUCAGGAAAGCCUCUAACCAGUUAGUCUCUAUCUAUUUCUCUCUCUCAGAUCAUCUUCUUCUCCUUUCUGAUCUUUCGUUACGCCUGAAGGUCGAGGACCGUGCCUGCUGCUUGAGAUCCGAUUAAGGUGCGGAUGCAUGGUCAGUGUUUAAUGAAAUGCCUGAGAAAGAUAUUGUUUCAUGGACAAGUUUAAUUUCAGGGCUUGUCUCGCAAUAUAGUUACCGUGAUGCCCUUUAUUUAUUCAAAACGUUAUUGUCUGAUGAUUGUCAACCACAGCCUAAUGAUGUUACUGUCGUCUCUACAAUGUCUACUUGUGCUAGUUUAGGUUCUAUGGACCUUACCAAAUGCUUUCAUGCAUUACUUGGCAAGGCUGGAUGGCUUGAACUUGAUGUUUCCGUUGUUAAUUCACUAAUAGACGCCUAUGCAAAAUGUGGAGAUUUGUGCUGUGCUAGAAAAGUGUUCGAAGACAUUGAAAAUAUUCUUUCGGCAUGUGCACAUUCUGGACUGGUUGAAGAAGGUUUAUACAUUUUUGAGUUGAUGAGUACAAAAUAUGGGAUUCAGCCUGAUCUUCGGCAUUACGGAUGCAUUGUUGACCUAUUAGCAAGAGCUGGGAUGGUUUAUCGAGCUUAUAAUAUUGUUGAAAACAUGCCGAUGGAACCUAAUUUGGCUGUAUUGGGAUCUUUACUAAGUGGUUGUAGGCUUCACAAUAACUUGGAGUUUGGUGAAGCUGUUUUGAGAAAGAUUGAGUUAUUGAAAGAUAAGAGAAAAUUUGACAGAAGGAAAGCUGAAGAAAGUGGUAGUAAGAAAAUGGCGCUAGGGCUGAUACUGGGAAUAGGGAGAGCAUUCAGAAGGAAGCGAACUUCGUCGCUCGAUAUUUUGACUUCGAAGAGGAGUCCUCGAGGCUUUUACAAGGGCAAUAAUUGCAAGCCAACUGGUUUUCAUACUCGCAAAGGUGGUUAUGUGGUGGUGCCUGAGAAGUUGCCAAAGUAUGUCGUGCCAGAUUUAACUGACUUCAAGCUGAAACCAUACGUAUCUCAGUGCGCAAGACAGGCAGCUGAUUCGGCUAAAUGAAAGGGCUCAGUAGAGAUAAUAUGCUUUGAUGGCAUACCUGAUGAGAUAGCUCUUCAUUACCCCUAACCCCUCCAUUUGGUUGGUGAAUAUUGAUCAUUGUCUGCUCACCUUUGACAUGUUUAACUCAUAACGUUGUGUCCUACCGCAUGGCAAGAUGCUUGAGAAGUCGUUGCGUUACUUGGUUGUUACAUUUAGAGGGUUUGAUGAGAAAUUGCAUUUCCAAGAUAUAACCUGUUCUUUCCAUUGAAACUUUUGGCUCAUCUGGAUGGUUUUCUCUUCAAAAGUGUGGUUUCUUAAUUAUGUUCAAGAACUGAACUCAAAACAUUGAGCACUCGUCAAACAAUGCGUACGCAUCACAUGUUCGAUGGUGAGUAAUUGUCGAUUAAAUUCAUGUCAUAUCCGGUGGUUUGAAAUUUAUGGAAUACCUUCUUUCAGUAGAGUCCUUAUGAAA